AUGGGUAUUAACGGCCUUCUUGGCUUUCUUCGUCCUAUAACCAAGGACUCGUCUAUACAAGUGUAUACAGGGAAAUCGCUUGGAAUUGAUACGUCUUGUUAUCUUUACAAAGGUGCAUAUUCUUGUGCUACAGAACUGGCCCUUGGAAUACCAACGAAUAAGUAAGUACAUAUGUUUUACAACUCAAAAUCAUUAAAUAUUAAUGAGUGUCGCCGUAUGAAUAUUCUUGUUGCUCAUUGAAUGAGUCAUUGUGUAUUCAAAAUAUUCAAUUUCAAUGAGUGUGUGGAAUUGUGUUUUGUGUGAUACAAUAUAAAGAAGUAAGUCGUAUUUGUAUUUACUAGAUACAUCGACUACCUAAUUCAAGUUAUAAGGCUUCUGCAAGCCAGUGAUAUUAAACCUGUUGCGGUGUUUGAUGGAAACAAACUCCCAGCAAAAAGCAAUGUGAACCGCUCUCGUGAAAGGUAUAGUUUCAAUAAUUUAUAUAAUAAUAAUAUUAGUCAUUGUGACCAAAACAUAUCUUUCUUCAUAUUGAUAUUCAGUAUUGUAUGUGUAAUGUUAUUUCUUAUAGUACAAGAAAAGAUACAUUAAGAAAGGGUAAAGCCCUCUGGUAUUCCAACGACAAAACAGCAGCUGCUGGAUUCUUCCAAAAGGCCCUGAAAGUGACAUGGAAUAUGGUUUUAACCACAAUUGAG